CAAAGUUUGACCAUUCAGACUCGUGGUCAUCUCGAGAAGGCGCGUACACCUCUCCAUACACCUCCUAGGCUUACCCAUAUUUACACUAGUAGUGAAUCCUGUCCUGUCAUGUGCUCUUGAUUGGCCCUCCAGCUUUCCAGCAGAGGCCUUUUCUUUGGGUGAAACUUAUUUUUUGAUAUUCCAUUUAAGUAACUUUGAUAGUUAGGAUUCCAUGGAAGCAGGUUAAAUUUAGGGAUUGCUGAAGGUUUUCAAACAGCACACAGCAUGUGUCUUUCUCUCUAAUGGAAAUCUAUGGCAGUGAAAAACCAAUGUUCCUUUAGAGCAGCGUAGAAUUUGCUGAUAUUUAAUUACCCUAGCUCUUGAAAAAGGAUAUCACAUAAGGAAGACUGGGUGGAGGAAAAGCAGCGCCAGCCUCUGUACUGCUUUAUGCUAUGCAUUUAAUUCUCAGCGGCGGCAGGAACAUAUCACAGGAGAAGGGAUCUCAGCAGAGUUCUGUUGUCAGUCCGAUCACCCCUGAAACACAAUGUAAACUACCAGAGGAAGAAAGGAGGAUGCUUCUAGUGCAGGUUAUCUCAUGAAGCUACUUUAGAGCUGCAAAAAAAAAAAAAACCCUGGAACACGAUUGAUUUCCUGUAGCAAUUCUGCAACGUUCAAAGCAAAAUAACCCUCCCCCCUUGACAGACAGGCCACAGAACCGACGCGCCAGGCGGUCGGUGAGCAUCGCUCUCCUCUCCCAGCCGUGCGGGCAGUGCACGGAGCCGCCGGGGCCCCGCAGCAUGGACCCGGGCGGGGCGGGGGGUCCGGGCGCCGCCUGAUUGGCCGCAGCGUGGUGCCCGGGGCCGGUGCCGCGGCGGGAGGCGGCCGGAGGCGGCCCGCAGGAUGGGCACCAGAGCCGGCUUCUUCGAGGUGGAAAUCCUUGACUGGAAGACAAAGGAACAGCUAUGCUUCCUAGAUAAGGUGGAACCAAAUGCCACAAUUAGGGAAAUCAGAUUGAUGUUCCAUAAGUUAUAUCCUCGGUGGUAUCCAGCAAGGCAGUCGAUAAAACUUGAUCCAAAAGGAAAGUCCCUGAGGGAUGAGGAAAUCCUGCAGAACCUCCCUGUUGGCACAACUGCUACCUUAUACUUUAAAGAUUUAGGGCCACAGAUAGGAUGGACUACGGUAUUUUUGAUAGAAUAUACAGGUCCAUUGUUCAUCUAUUUUCUGUUUUAUUUCCGCAUGCCUUUUGUCUAUGGACUGGAUGAGAGGUUUACAUCAAGUCCGCAUCCAGUAGUUAACUUGGCAUGUAUCUGCCAUUCUUUCCACUACAUCAAAAGGUUGAUUGAAACAGUAUUUGUUCAUCGGUUCUCCCAUGGGACUAUGCCACUGAGGAAUAUUGUGAAGAACUGCUUGUAUUACUGGGGAUUUGCAGCUUGGCUUGCUUAUUACAUCAAUCAUCCUCUUUACACUCCUCCUUCUUAUGGGAAAAAACAGAUAAAUUUUGCUGUGAUCAUGUUUCUGCUGUGUGAAGCUGGAAAUUUUUCCAUUCACGUUGCACUCAGUGACCUCCAGAGAAAUGGAUCCAAAACCCGUAAGAUCCCAUAUCCAACAAAGAAUCCUUUCACAUGGCUGUUUUUCUUUGUAUCUUGCCCUAACUAUACAUAUGAGUGGGGCUGUUCACUUUGCUUUGCUUCAUUCAGAUGACAGUCUGGGCAAAGGAUAAACACUGCACCUACCUGCGAGAAUUCAAGGAUUAUCCAAGUCUUCGAAUGCCAAUUAUUCCCUUUUUGUUGUAAGAAAAAAGGUUGCAUUUGAAUAUUGCACAGAACUUCAAGAAGAAAAAGCUUAUAAACCUCCUCCCAAAUAAGUGAAUAAAUGUAAAGGGUUUUGAUGCAUGUUGAAUCUCCACUGCUGAGGGAAACUGUAUGCACUUGAAAGCUACACUUCUGUAUAUUCAAGAAUUCUCAACUCAGAAGCACCUUCUAGAAAUAGGGCUUCACUGCACAGCUGGCAGUCAAAAGCCCCUAGAGUUCACUGUAACCUGACUGACUUAGAUUAUGUACAAGUCUAUUUAGAUUGAUGGAUCAGAGAUACUGAGAAGUCUGUGCUGAAAAGCAGCUCCAAAUUUAGCAGUGGCAUUCUGCAAGACGUAAGUACAUUGGAAUGAGGACAUACCAGCUAACUACUGGAGAGCUCAGUUCAGCCAGCCUGAAUACAGUUGCAUGAUCUGCCCUCUUUGACUUGAAGAAGAGUGUGCUGCCUGGAGGCAGGUGCUUUGUAACACAUAACAUUACCAAAGAAUAUGAAUGGUUUUCUGGAAUAAAGAAAUAGGCAAUAUCUGAAAUACCUGAUUUGGGUCUAACCCCUAAUUUGCCAAAAGAAUGUCAAGUGAGAAGCAAUUUGUAGUAUUUGAGGAUGUAACACCCUGUGUUGAUGGUGCUUGGUGGGGUUUCUGUUUGGUUGGUUUCAGUCUUCUGCAUUAGUAGAUUGCAUACUAGUAAAUAAGGUUCAGAAGAUCUGAUCUAUGCUAUAUCUGUGAUAUUUGGCCUGUUUUCCUAUAACAAGUCCUUAUGAUACUAAAGGACCUUUUACCCUGCAAUUUAUGUCAGUAUUCUCUGAAUAUUUUUUUAUACACUUUGUAGAUACAUGAAGUGACUGCUAGUCCUCAGCUCCCUUCCUAUUUUCAGAGCCAAGAAGAAAAAUCAGCUACAAUUUUGGACUUCCUGUGUUUUCUUUUUCACAACAUGUUCAGUGGGACUUAGCUGGGUUUUGUGCAAAACCUAGUAAAAAAAAAAAAAGACUAUUGCAUUCUAUCUGAAUUACAUUUUCAAGAAACUAUUUUAGCAUAUGAAGAGAAUGCAUAGAUACUGUUUUGUUUCAUGAUUCAUUUAUUUCUCUCUAAUGGAUGUAUAGAAGGAUUUUUUCAACUAUUUGUAAGGGUGAAAUAUGCAAUAAAUUCUAGACUUUAUUUUGAAAUCAGUUGAAAUAAUUAUGGCAAAAGAAGAAAAUUACAGCUGGUUGCUGAAGUUUCAUUAUAUUUUGUAGAGUAAAAAGUAAGAAUGUCCUUAGAUUAAAAAAAAAUCUACAUCAAGCAAUGAAAAAAAACCUAACAAAGCAAAGAAACCCCACAUGACCCAGAUUUUAUUUCUAUAUAACGUAUCUCAGAGAGGAUUUCUUAGAAAUGGUUAGACCUGGUAGGUAACUGAAGCAAUACAUCAUCGCGAAUUU